GUUCAACUCAAGUUAGCCAUCAAUCGUCUUAAAUUGAUGCAACAAAAGAAAAAUUCACUCAACAAAGAGGCACGUAAAGAAAUUGCAGCUUUGCUUGAGAAUAAAAAGGAAGAGAGUGCGAGAAUACGGGUUGAAGGUAUCAUUCGAGAGGAUUAUUAUAUUGAAGCAAUGGAAAUGUUAGAACUUUAUUGUGAACUUUUGAUGGCAAGAUUCGGACUCUUGGAACAAAUGAAAAAUUGUGAUCCUUCAAUUAGUGAAGCUGUUCAUACAUUGAUUUAUGCGGCACCCAGAUCAGAAAUUAAGGAAUUGAAUCUCGUACGAGAUCAAUUGAUAGCAAAAUUUGGAAAGGAGUUUGCUAUGAAUGCCAUUGAUAACAAGAAUGAUUGUGUUAACGAGAAACUUAUAACCAAACUCAUGUUUACUGCCGCGGAUCCAUUUUUAGUAAAUCGAUAUCUCGAGGAAAUUGCUAAAUCGUAUAAUAUUAACUGGAAACUAAGUGAAAAUGCGGAUGAUUCAUUUUUUUUGGUUUCCAAUAAUAAAUUAGAGCCUUAUACUGCUCUACCAGAUAUGGGGUUAUUGAUGUCUUUAAAUGAUGAUGGUGACGACUCCAAAGAAAAGAGUCACUCG